GGCAUUCGUCAAACCACUCAUCAUCCCAUCCCAUCCCAUCCAAGGGAAUCCGAUCAAUCCCGGACUCGUCCUCCCGGCCAACCCUAGCUUCCCUUCUCUUCCCCUCCCCCGAUGGACCCGCCGCCAACCAGGGACAGAGGGGAGGAGCUGGAGCCUGAAACCCGCGCCUUCCCCGACGCCGACGACCCGGAGACCUCCCGAUCUGAACGCGAAGAGGGUAUCCCUCCACCGCCACCGCCACCGCCUCUGCGCCAGCAGCUCAUGGGGGCUUGCCGCGCCGACGAGCGCCUCAGGCCGCUCCUCACCCUCAACGUCUCCUGCGGCGCAGCGGACGACCGACUCAUCGCACACCUCGCGCAGCACUUCGAGGUGUCGGAGGUGGGCAUGCUCGCGCGUUGCCUCUGUGUUCCCCUCGUUUCCCUGCGCGUUGGCAAGGUUCAGAGGGAAGGGGCCCUCCUCUGCCCAACACACAUUAGAUGCUGUUGGAAUGAUGAAGAAGUGAUCCUGUAGCUUUCUCUAUGUCUCUGCUUCCAGGAAAAAAAGGCAUGCCACUGUAUCUAUAUGAUGUGAUAUUAAUGCCAAGUCUAUGCAAUUGCAUUUUUUGUAUCCCAUGGGCGUACACUGGCGCAUCUCAAGUUACCAUACCACUAGAUUUCAUGAUAUAAUAAUUCAUCUGACUAAUUCUAUAUACAAAUGGCACGAUUCAAUACAUUGUUGGCGGGGAGGGGGCUGCCAUCUACAGUCAUCAACAGCAAUUUUUGUUCAUCUCUGCUCAUUAUUUGGUCUUAUGUCCUUUUCUCCCUUUAUACCAGUAUCUUAAUACACUUAUACCUGUUGAAAUGUGGAUCAUGUGGUUGGUGCCCUGUGUUGUUAUACAGCACUCUUUAGUUUCUAAUUAAUAAAAAAAUAUUGCUUCUUUUAUCCUCUUUGCUUUUUAUGCGAGUAUACAGGUGUGCCCAUCUUUAUUUCAUGACACAUAAUUACUUGUUAGAAGAGAUGUUUGCUGAAUUAUCGCACCUAAUUUAGAAUGCUGUGCAUCAGCGAGUGUUCAUGUUGAUUCUAGGGUUACAUAAUUCGUUUUACUAGAGAUGGCACUAUUCACCCUGCCAAAUAAAUUUAUCUUUCACUUGUAGGUAAUUUGGGCGUUUGUCAUAAUCUCUGAUAUAUGAGGAAAGAGAAGGUAGUUUCUUUCAUGGCCUUGCAAUAUCAGUUACCUGCAUUGAUAAUGAAUAACCUCAUAUUGCAUUAUUUGGUGAGACUGAUCAGGAUUCCUACUUAUGCUUGCUAUAUCAUAACGAUCAUCUGCAAAAUUCUUGUUAUCAUUCGAAUGUUCUGCUGUUGCUUGACAAUCCCUAGGAUAAUUAGUUUGUGCAAUAUUCUACUUCUUGGUUUACCUUGAACAGAUGUCUAUAUGGCCACACUGGUGCUUGGUCUAUAAACAAUUACCUGGCUUUCCAAAUCCAUCCUUAAAUAAUUUUGUGAUUAAUAGCUGUGUUUUUUUAACUGUGUUGUUGGAGCCCUUAUGGUUUCUACUUAAAUAUUGUCAUGAAGUUUUUUUUUUGGGGGGGGGGGGGGGUCCAUCUUUCACUUUUUUUGCCCUAACGGGGAUCAUUGGUGUUAACUGCCCUGGUAUUUUUUGCUUACUCUUUAAUUUUCGUUUUGAUGCUUUGUAAUCACAAAGCAAUUUUAUUUUUCUGAUGUAGAAGCAAAAUCACAAUAUAAUAGCCUUUAUUUAUGUUAUGGAUCUAGAUUACUUGUAUGGAAGUUAUUUUAUUGUCUUUGAGGGAACGGCCAUUUUUAUAUAUUUGGUUCUUAUAUGAAUUCACCUGAAAAAUUAAAAGCUGCAAUAUGUUGAACAUUUGGUUCCUAGACUUUUACAGUUUCUUCUAAUGGAAAGGCAGUUGUGCUGCUGUGGUUCAAACCAGGUUCUUAAGUCCCUUUUUUUAAUGCAAAGGGAUUGUUGCUUAAAUGUAGUUGGGCCGACCUAUGAAAAUUUUACACGAGCCUGUGUUCUCUACUUUUGUAAAUUUAAUAAGCUUAUGCCUCAAUGGAAUAUUUUACCAUCUUAUUAGGUUCUUGACAAGGCUACUGUUUUGUCACAUUGGUCCAUGUACCUUUUUAAGUGAUAACUAAAACUCUAAGAGGCUUUAGUUUUUUCUCUUAAAUUUCCUGAUCUGAGUCAGUGAGUUUUGUGGAUGUCAAAAUUAGUCCGUUUCCUUUUCUUUGCUAGCAUUGUGCUGUAUGCUAAUGCUUGCAUUUUUUAUUUGAAGUAUUCAUUUUGAUCUAUGGUUUCCAUUUCAUUGUCUAUGCCUUGAUCAGCUAAAAUUUCACUCAUGUGGGAACCUCCAACACUGGGUGUGUCCCCUUUUUUGGUCCUUCGGUGAAAAAAUGUAGUCUUCUUAUUUUUUAUAACAAUAUGUUCUGGGAUCUCAAUCUCAUGUAUGUACAUUUCCUAUGUGCAGAGGGAAGCUGAACCUUGUUCUUCUGCCAUCAUCUAGCAUGCGGCUUACCUUUGUUUGUGAUGAUGGUUAUCCAGAGCAACUAGCUCUCUUGAGCAAUGGCUUUGAAUUUUCUGAAGUUAUGAUUGAAGAAAUAUCAGCUGAUAAUUCUGGACGCUCUUUCCUAAUCAGAAUUUCAGAAUCUAAAGUGUUUUACUACUGGUGUGCUGAGAAGUCGAAGGAACAUGGAAUGGAACUUCUUGCAAAGAUGAAAAACCUUUUGGACGGGAGGCCAACACUCUCUGAUCUCACUGGCAUCUCUAAUUCACGACUUGAUGCUUUUGCCACUCAUUUACAUGCUUAUCUUCUUGCAUCAAGUAUCGGUGAUGUUACAUCAUUGGGCUCACUUAAUGACUUCCUGAGUACUUCAAGAUCACAUGAUCAAUAUUUACAGCUCCAGUCAGAUUUUUCCAAAACUUCCAGGUUCCGUGCCUCGGCUGCUAGUGCAAUUAAGCCAAGCUCUGUCUAUCAAGCCAGCCUAAGUCCGAGAUCUGGCACUUUUAAAGAUGGGGUACCAAGGGCUUCAUGUGCAAGGGUUGUUGGGAGGGACAAGCUGAAGCGUCGUGUGGAAUGGUUAGGCCCGUUAACUGCUCCGCUUGAUACGAAUCCUUUGACAAUCAACCCUGAUUCUGCCAGUGAGAAGUGUGAUGCAGAUUGUUCAAAGAACAAUGUUAGCUCAGUUCCGUUGGACCUGCCUCUUUCGUUUCCCCUGUUGCCUUCUAUUUACUCCCUUGGCACUCGUCCGGUUCCUGAGGUUUCUUUGGAGAAACAGUUUAAGCCUUACUAUUGCUGGUGCCCACCAUGCCCAUCAUCGCUGCAAUACACUGUCACCCAUUUGCAUCUGCCAGCUACACCUGUAGAUCCGUUGCCCCUACCACCUUUGAGUUCACUGCUAGCAAGUGAGCAGCCACCUUCUUCAACAGUUUCUGUAAAGCUGGAUACAACUGAUCUCCCUUCCCUUAAUCUUCCGUCCAUACUGCAUUCACCACUUAUUCCCCUACAUGGUCCACAAGUGCCAACAUUCACACCAUUGAUGUCCGAUCCCAUUGUGCAUGUCCCAGUCAUUGAUGUUUGUUCGGCGGGUCAGGCCUAUCUAGUGAGUUGUGGGCCGUCUAUAACUUCAGCAGUUCCCCUGCUCCCGAGCUUGAAGCCUCUGCUGCCAGAAGCAGAGUCGUUAGUCGAGAGAAGCGCAAGGGAAACACUGAUGAGGCUCAUAGCUUCGACACCACCUGCAAGCAAUCCUCUACCUGGAAGUAUAUCCUGGGCGAAUAACAAUGUGAAGAAGCAUGUUGAUGUGUGUCCCAAUGAAAAAGCAUCCGGUACGUCUUGUGUUGCUGCUGUGUUUGGAAGUGGGAUUGCACACGCUGAGGAUGAAGUUCCAAGCGGAGGUGAUUCACAAGAGCCGUUUGCCGAAUACGAUGGUACCAGCAAUGAAUGUGAUGUACAUCAUUGGCAGAAAUUCUAGCUUGGCUGCAUCAGCAUGGUAAAUAGGGUUUUGAGGAUUCGGGGGUUUGAUGUCCUGUACGCAGCAGCAGCCUUAAAAGUUUCUGUGCCCAGCCAGCAUCUCUAUUUGGUUUGCAAAUGUAAUUACUAGUUUGUACUGUCUUGUUUUUGGCAAACUUGCUGCGAGCCUCGUGCUUAGUUUGGUUUAUUUAUUUAUGAACUUUAGGCCUGUUCGAAGCACCCAGUUUGUAAGAAAAUGGAUUAUAUAAACUGAAGUGAUUCCAAAUAUAUCAGUUUAUGUCUCAGUUUAUAAAAA